AUGUGUGCUACAUUCCUGCGUAGCAGAGUCCAGGCUCAGCAGAGUCCAGGCUCAGCAGAGUCCAGGCUCAGCAGAGUCCAGGCUCAGCAGAGUCCAGGCUCAGCAGAGUCCAGGCUCAGCAGAGUCCAGGCUCAGCAGAGUCCAGGCUCAGCAGAGUCCAGGCGCAGCAGAGUCCAGGCGCAGCAGAGUCCAGGCUCAGCAGAGUCCAGGCUCAGCAGAGUCCAGGCGCAGCAGAGUCCAGGCGCAGCAGAGUCCAGGCUCAGCAGAGUCCAGGCUCAGCAGAGUCCAGGCUCAGCAGAGUCCAGGCUCAGCAGAGUCCAGGCUCAGCAGAGUCCAGGCUCAGCAGAGUCCAGGCGCAGCAGAGUCCAGGCUCAGCAGAGUCCAGGCUCAGCAGAGUCCAGGCGCAGCAGAGUCCAGGCGCAGCAGAGUCCAGGCUCAGCAGAGUCCAGGCGCAGCAGAGUCCAGGCUCAGCAGAGUCCAGGCUCAGCAGAGUCCAGGCUCAGCAGAGUCCAGGCUCAGCAGAGUCCAGGCUCAGCAGAGUCCAGGCGCAGCAGAGUCCAGGCUCAGCAGAGUCCAGGCUCAGCAGAGUCCAGGCGCAGCAGAGUCCAGGCUCAGCAGAGUCCAGGCGCAGCAGAGUCCAGGCUCAGCAGAGUCCAGGCUCAGCAGAGUCCAGGCGCAGCAGAGUCCAGGCGCAGCAGAGUCCAGGCUCAGCAGAGUCCAGGCUCAGCAGAGUCCAGGCGCAGCAGAGUCCAGGCGCAGCAGAGUCCAGGCGCAGCAGAGUCCAGGCUCAGCAGAGUCCAGGCUCAGCAGAGUCCAGGCGCAGCAGAGUCCAGGCGCAGCAGAGUCCAGGCUCAGCAGAGUCCAGGCUCAGCAGAGUCCAGGCUCAGCAGAGUCCAGGCUCAGCAGAGUCCAGGCUCAGCAGAGUCCAGGCUCAGCAGAGUCCAGGCUCAGCAGAGUCCAGGCUCAGCAGAGUCCAGGCUCAGCAGAGUCCAGGCGGACAGAGCUGCGCAGUAA